GCCUUUUUUGGCUAUAAUACGCUGUUGUACUCCGAUAUAAUUACUUGAUAAAAUAUAAAUAUAUAGAACUUAUCUCAUCAAAAACUUGCCUUUUCUUUUGGCUUCUGGUUCCUUAAUCAUUUCUUUGCCCUUUCAGCAUGAAGAUCUUAUUUUAUUUACUGAUCUCCAUUAUAUCCUUUAAUCAUGCUCUGCCUAUUAUUGAUUCAACUACUAUAAUUCUCUCUGAUGCGAUGACAACAAGCAGAACCAAAGCCAGCACUCUCUCCAUGCCCACAUCCUCAGCCACAAAGAAGGCAGAGGAGGGAGAAGGCCUUCCUACUGAAGGAUUCGUGAUAGAUGAUGAGAACAAUAAUGAUCACGAAUCGCAACCACAGGAAACAACAGAAGAUGAAGGUUUUCCAGUGCAAAUAGACAGAUUAGCACAGAUAAUUGCUACACAUGUUCAAUUUGAUCAUCUCGAUGCAGUGAUAACGAACACAGAUAAAGAAAUUGCUACAGAAUUCAGACAUCAUAUUCAAAUUAGCGUGGAAUCUGAUGAAGAGCAAAACAAUGAUGUCUUUGUGGACAAUGAUCAACAACAUCCUUUCAAUUCACUACCCACUCUAGACAUGAUGGACCUGGAAAUCCUGAAAUCACAGAUAUUUGCAGCCAUCCAAGCACAUACAGAAGGAAAUCUACCCCUUACUUGGGAUAAACUUGCAUACAAACUGAGUAAACAAGCUAUUGAAUCCUACUUGAAGCAAUCUAUAUCCGAAGUAUGUCUCAAAGACGACAGCAAUGAGGACGGUAUCGUUCUAUCCUCUUGCUUGCAACAACAUGCCAAUGAAUUGGUUACAAAUUUGGAUCAAUACAUCAGCACCAGUUUGUCAGUGAUAUUUGAGAAAUUGGACCACGAAUCUCUACCCAUCUUGUUGAAACACACAGCCGAUGAUUUAAAAGGCAUUUUGGCCUACUUUAAUUCAGUUUUCUUGCAAGAUGGAAAGAAGAAGUUUGUAUUAGAAGUUAUACCUUGGAAUAGCGACGAUACUAUUAUUCAUGAAUUCAAAUCAAGAUUAUUGAAUAUGGCGAUACAUCCUUCCGACGAACAAGAGGAUUGUCAUUCAAUAGCUUUUUUUACUCAAUUUGCCGAAAUGGCAAGAGUCUAAACAUAAACAUUCGGUUGUAAUGAUUCCAUCUUUCCUUUUUGUACAUAGUAAUACACACACACACACACACACACACACACACACACAUAC